AUGCCUCCUCCACCACCUCCGCCGCCGCCGCCGCCCCCUGGCGGUGGUGCACCCCCUCCACCCCCCCCUCCAGGGGGAAAUCUACCUGCCAGGCCGUCGAAAUCGGACACAAAAGACAGAAGUGCCCUACUUACAGACAUCACAAAAGGCACGCGACUGAAGAAGACUGUUACAAAUGAUAGAUCUGCGCCGCAAAUUGGGGGUGGAGGAGUCAAGUCCUCCGGACCAGCUUUGGGAGCCGCGCCUCCUGUGCCCGGAAUGCUAAAACCUCCUGGUGGGCUUGCUCCACCCGUCCCUGGAGGCGCGAAUCGAUUACGGAGCAAUAGUGAUACAGGCCCUGGGAACAAUACUUAUUCAGCUGCCCCAGCGGCGCCUCAACUUGGAGGCCUCUUCGCGGGACUAGGAGCCAUGCCAAAGCUACGCAGCCGCGGAGGUGGUGUAGAUACUGGCGCCAACCGGGAAUCGUCGCCAUACCUAUCAGAUUCAGAAACCUCGCGUGUUCCUAAGCCUCCUGUUGCAUCAGCUCCAAAGAUACCGGCAGUCCGUCCUCCGCCUCCGCCUUCUACUGACGCACCGCCUGCUCCGCCAAUGAACCCGUUACUCGCAAGUCUGAAGAAACCCCCCCCACGCCCAGCUUCAAGACCAACUUCAACGAUCUCGAACUUCUCAACAAAAUCAGCGCCUGAAGCGCCUGCACGGGCACCUCCGCCAUUACCCGGUACAACAAAACCACCAAUGUCAGUACGCAAACCAUCGGCGCCUGCUCCACCACCACCCCCGCCGCCCGCCGCCAGCCCGGCUGCACCACCACCUCCGCCCCCUCCUCCUGGUGCGGCUGCUCCUCGACCACCUCCAUCAGCCCCAACGCGAUCUACUCCGCCUCCUCCCCCAUCUGCUCCUGCUCCGCCGCCCAUCCCACCGAAUGGUGCCCCUUCGGCGUCUCUAGCAGUUCAAGCCGCCCGAAAUGCGCUUGGGCACAGCCAUUCGACUCCGCCGGCGCCGCCACCACCUCCGCCAGCGCCACCAGCUUCGUCCGCUCCCUUGGCACCUCCACCACCACCUCCGUCUGCCCCUCUAUCUGCCCCUCCUUCUCUUCCACCAUCCGCUCCGCCGAGCGAGCCAUCUUCAAGGGCGUACUCCUAUGAAUCUCAGGCUAGUCAUGUGCCAGAUCGAUCCAGUCUAGCCCCAAGCGCUUAUACCCUCUCCAACGGCGGGCCGUCACCGGGAUCAGGCGCUCUAACACCAAACUCGCACGGAAACAACCGUGUGGAAGAUACGCGGUUUAAAUUUCAGAACGAGGGACUAUUGCCUAAACCGCGACCAUUUGUUGGCGGGGUAAAGCGCUACCGAGCUGGAAGAGGCAGUAGUGUGCCAUUGGACCUCAGCGCAUUAGGUGGUUAA